CCCAGCACUGUUCUCGAAGCCCCAUUUGACGAAGGUGGACACUGAGGUCCAGGGAAGGGGUAUGACAUGGCAGCGAGACCCCGGCAUGCCUGUGCCCUCCUGGCAAGGGGGAGAUCUGCAUCCUGGAUUCCGGGAGAGGGAAAGCGGGAGAGCAGGGGCGCUGCUGAUUGGUCCAAAGUUCUCCGGAGCCAUCCAAUGGGCGGGGAGGGCGUGGCCGGGCUCGGAUUCCCCAGGAGGCAGUGCACAGCUGCAGGCUCCGUGGCCAAGCAAGCAGUUCCUGCCUGUCGUCGUACCUGUUCCUGGGCCUGUCCCACUAGGUUUACCCGCCGCCCCUACCGCCACCCCCACCAUGGGCCUGGAGCUCUACCUGGACCUGAUGUCCCAGCCCUGCCGCGCCGUCUACAUCUUCGCCAAGAAGAAUGGCAUCCCCUUCGAGCUGCGCACCGUGGAGCUGCUCAAAGGCCAGCACUACAGCGAUGCCUUUGCCCAGGUGAACCCCCUGAGGAAGGUGCCAGCCUUGAAGGAUGGGGACUUCACCUUGGCUGAAAGUGUGGCUAUCUUGCUGUAUCUGAGCCGAAAGUACAAGACCCCUGACCACUGGUACCCCCAGGACCUGCAAGCCUGUGCCCGGGUGGAUGAGUACCUGUCAUGGCAGCACACAGCCCUACGGAAUUGCUGCAUCCAGGUCAUGUGGCAGAAGAUGAUGUUCCCUGUGUUUCUGGGUGAGCCAGUGCCCCCUGAGACGUUGGCGGCCACCUUGGCUGAGCUGGACAGGUGCCUGCAGCUGCUUGAAGACAAGUUCCUGCGGAACCAGGCCUUCCUUACUGGGUCCCAUAUCUCUGUUGCUGACUUGGUGGCCAUCACGGAGCUGAUGCAUCCCGUCAGUGCUGGAUGCCAAGUCUUCGAAAGCCGACCCAAGCUGGCUGCGUGGCGCCAGCGUGUGGAGGCUGCAGUCGGGAAGGACCUCUUCCAAGAGGCCCACGCAGUUGUCCUGAAGGCCAAGGACCUGCCUCCGGCGGACCAUGCCAUGAAGGAAAAGCUGAGGCCCUUAAUGCAGAUUUUGUUGAAGUGAGUAGGUGACCCAAGCCUGCAGAACCACCAAUGGAUAUGCAAUGUUGGCAGAAUAAAAAAAUGGAGCUGUCUGUCUCCUUGGCUGUAAGACAUGCAA